AUGAAGGGAACAAUAAAUCUACCCCUUUUCUUGGCAGCGAUUGCGUGUCUGCCCGCUUUACUGGCGCAUUCACUUGAUCAGAUUCCACUUAGCAAUGUUGCGUUUGUGUUUAGAAACGCCACGGCCGACGAUGCCGGCGAUAUUGCAACAGUAACCAUUGACGCGUUCUCUACUGCCCCAUAUUGGGAUUAUCUCCACCAAUUUCAAGACAAGUACCCCGGGUACGCCUGGCAGUGUGCCAGAGACGUAUACAAGUCAGUGCUUGAAGACGACAGCCCAGACGCGUACGUCUUCAAGGUUAUUGCGGUACCCGACCGAACAGCCCGGUCGGGUUCCCGCGUUGUUUCCUUUUCCGUCUGGGAUUUCAACAGGACGGGAAUGCCCGACAGCACGUUUGCAUCUUUGAUGUUCGGAGGUACGGGUAAUUGCUCACAGCGGCUUGAUACGAACACGACACGAGUCGAUCAUUAUUACAAAAGUAUCCUGGAGUCGGAGAAGAAGUAUUUAGAUGCUGUCUUCAAGCACCAGGUAUAUGUCGGAGGGCUUGCGACACACCCCCAGUGGGACGGCCAUGGAUUUGCCAAAACCCACCUCGACUGGGGAAUGGAAAUUGCAGAUAACUUGGGACUACCAACCACGUUGACAGGUACUGAGGCAGGCCAUCCGCUGUACAAAUCAGUCGGAUUCGAGGAUCUUCACAAUACGACUAUCGAACGACUCGAUGGGAAAGGAAUCAUAUGGCACGAAGUCAUGAAAUAUUCCGGUGCAGACUGA